CCCAAUCAUGUUCCACUCAUAUCGUGCCGUGUACCAGGUCGCCGCUCCGAAGGAGACGGUGGCAAGCGUGAUCAACUCGAACAUAGAGAGCAUUCCCAAGGUAGUUAAUGAUGGUAUGACAGAAGACCGGAGCCGAAACUCGAUCAUCGUCAAUGCUCGGUUCUACACGGCCUCGUGCAAGUGGCUCGACACCGGACGGUUCGAGAUGGUGGACACUCGAGGCGGAGAGACCCUCAUCCUGGCCUACGCAGAGUCGACCAACUUUUGCUGCUCGUGGUGUCCCUCGUGCAUCCGAUCUUGCUUUGCCUGCUGCAACUUUGACGACUGGGGCAAGAACGAAGCCCACAUCGAUGACACCGUUGCUCUGCUCGCCCAACAAGGUGGUGCAACUAAGCUGAUGGGCGCCCGUGGCGGCGAUCUGGACGACCUCCUGUCGGCCGUCUCCUCCUCAGAUGGUGUCUACACCUUUUCCGACAGCAGCGAUGCCGUGCCCGACUAUGGCUCGACAUCGCAAUAGUCGCAUCGCAAGCCACCUGCUGACGCCUAGCCAAGUAGACCGGCAUGUUGCCAUCGUCGUCUUUGCCACCUGGCCAGUUUGUCAAUAUCAACCAUCAAUGUAGCACCAUGUUUGGUAUUUCCUAUACAUGACUCGAACUCUCCGUCAUCGCCCUCUGGAUGCCCGCAUCCAUCAAACCGCAGACGUCACGUG